CUGCCCGAUAUCUAAGAGGGCAGGUUCAAACUCCCAGGCAGCCCACUCCCAAUACUUAAUUGCCUUCCGCAUAAUUCAGUGAUCACUCUGCCAGCGCCACCACCACCAUCGGAGGUGGCGCCUGUGGAAGUUCUGGGGUACCUUCUCCAUGCGCUAAGCGGAGGUAAGAGAUUGGAGAGGGAAUGGGUCAGGGCCUGAGCUGCGGAGCACGUGAAGGGAGUGGCCUGUUCAGUGCUGUUCAGAAUGGUGAAGUUGAGCUGCUUGAGGCUAUGGUAGAGGCAGACCCAAGUGUCUUGGAAGAGACCAGUGGAUAUGGGAGGUUGUCUGCCCUUCAUGUGGCGGCUGCAAAUGGUUGGAUCGAGGUUCUUUCUGUGCUUUUGGACAGGUCAGUUAAUCCAGAUAUCUUGAAUCGCCAUAAACAGACCCCGUUAAUGUUGGCGGUAAUGCAUGGGAAGAUCUCUUGCGUGCAAAAGCUUAUUCAAGCAGGGGCAAAUAUAUUGAUGUUUGAUUCUCUCAACGGAAGAACCUGCUUGCAUUAUGCUGCUUACUAUGGUCAUUCAGAUUGCCUGCAAGCUAUUCUUUCUGCUGCCCAUUCCACCCCUGUUGCAGAUUCUUGGGGAUUUGCAAGAUUUGUGAACAUAAGAGAUGGAGGGGGUGCAACCCCACUGCAUUUAGCUGCUCGUCAACGACGGCCAGAGUGCGUGCAUAUCCUUUUAGACAGUGGGGCUCUUGUUUGUGCUUCAACUGGUGGAUAUGGCUACCUAGGGAGUACACCGCUUCAUUUAGCUGCUCGUGGCGGUUCUUUGGAAUGUGUCCGUGAAUUGCUUGCCUGGGGAGCGGAUAGGCUUCAAGUAGAUUCAUCUGGGAGAUUUCCAUACACGGUUGCUCUUAAGCACAAGCAUCGAGAAUGUGCAGCCUUGCUGAAUCCUUCAUCAGCUGAGCCUCUUGUCUGGCCAUCGCCUUUGAAAUUCAUCAGUGAGCUUAAUCCAGAGGCAAAAUCACUGCUAGAGAGGGCAUUGAAGGAAGCGAACAUGGAGAGAGAGAAGGCCAUAUUGAAGGAGACUGUGUACUCACUUCCAGCUCCUUCCGAUUUUGAUGUUGGGGAUGACGACAAUGCAUCUGAGGCCAGCGAUGUGGAUCUAUGCUGCAUAUGCUUUGACCAGGUAUGCACUAUUGAGAUCAGACCAUGUGGUCAUCAAAUGUGUGCCCAUUGCACCCUUGCCCUAUGCUGCCACAAGAAGCCCAACCCUACAACUGCUUGUCCUACUGCCCCAGUUUGCCCGUUUUGCCGAAGCAGCAUUAAUCAACUAGUAGUUGCCGAGAUGGAGACUAGAGAUGAUUUAGAACUUGAACAUAGUCUCUUGAAGCCUAGGAGAUCAAGGAAGUCGAAUUUCAGUGAAGGCAGCAGCAGUUUCAAGAGUUUGUCUGCCAUGGGCUCAUUCGCAAGAUUGGGUGGUCGCAGUCCGGGAAAGGUUGCUGCUGAAUGUGAUGCGGUGGUUGAUAAGCCUUGAAAUAGCAGUCCUGGAUUUGGUUUCAGACAGAGUGAUGCAAAUGUCGGACCCCGGAUUCGCUUCGGAACUGAGACCCAAAUGGGUAUGAAUUUAAAACCUCAUUUUUAGUAGAUAUGUCCUAAUAUGCUAAGAGCAUCUGAGAAAAAAGACUCAAAAUUUCGGUUGAUGAAUUCCAUUCUACAGAGGCGAGCUUCAUUCGACAUAUAGCCUUUAAUGUUGGUUUUUUUCUGCUUCUCUAUUUAUUGAGAAGCAUCGAUGUUUAUGAGGGCUUAAUUGUCCUUAAUUGUCCUAAGUACUUAAAUCUAUUCGUUUCCUUUAUAAUAUGGUCAAUUUUCUUU